AUGAGGGCUUUCAACACGCUGGCCUUCUUCGUGGCCGGCACGUUUGCAGCCUAUACGGUGCAGCCCGUGCAGGACCAGAACAUCUACCCGCCGAACGGUUACAGCCACCCCGUCGAGGGUCCUCAGGACAACUCGACCUACGAGUACAUCAUCGUCGGCUCUGGCGCUGGUGGUUCUCCCCUUGCUGCCCGCCUUGCACUUGCUGGUCACAGCGUCUUGCUCAUCGAUGCUGGUGAGGAUCACGGAACCGAUCGUCAGGUUCAGGCUCCCGCGCUGCACCCUUUUACCAGCGAGUACAACCCCAUCCGCUGGGACUACUUUGUCCACCACCACGCAGAUGACGAACAGAACCGCAAGGAUAGCAAGUACACCUAUCUGACCCCCGAUGGCGAGUACUGGCAAACGCUCGACCUUUCCGGGGACCAGCCACCUGAGGGCUCCGAGGCCCUUGGUGUUCUGUACCCUCGUACAGGUGCGCUUGGUGGUUGCACGAUGCACCACGCCCUGAUCAUGGUCAAAGCCAGCGACAAGGACUGGGACACCAUUGCCGGCAUUACGGGCGACGACUCCUGGAGAUCUGACAACAUGAAGGGCUACCUGAAGAGGAUCGAGAGUAACCAGUACGUUCAGGGUGCUCUGGCCUCCAGGGGCCACGGCUUCAGCGGCUGGCUGCCAACCCGCCUGACCCCAACCAUCCUCAUCGCGCAGGACUUGAAGGUCCUCUCUCUCCUGACUGCCGCCACCACUGCUACCGGCAAGGGCCUGCUGGGUGGCCUCCUCAAGACUGUCACGGGCAUUCUUGGUGUUUUGGCCCUAGACAUUAACACCGACUCGUACGCCCGUGACAAGAAGGAUCUGAUCUACCAGAUCCCCCUGUCCAUGAACUCUGACUACGUCCGCACCGGCCCUCGCGACUUUGUCCUCGACGUGGCCAACGCCAAAAACAAGGACGGCUCCAAGAAGUAUAAGCUCGACAUUGCUCUCAACACCCUUGUUAGCAAGGUCAACUUUGACACCUCUGGCGACAAGCCCAAGGCCACCGGCGUAGACUACCUCCACGGCAAGAGCCUAUACCGUGCUGAUCCCCGCGCUUCCAAGUCGGAGGACGAGGGCGUUGCUGGUACUGUCCACGCAAGUCGCGAAGUGAUUGUCUCUGCAGGAACUUUCAACACCCCCCAGAUCCUCAAGCUCUCCGGUGUUGGCCCCAAGGAGGAGCUCGAAGCGCUCGACAUUAAGGUCAUCCACGAUCUCCCCGGUGUUGGCGGCAACCUCCAGGACCGCUACGAAGUUGGUGUCGUUGGCGAGGCCAAGACCAAGUUCUCGCUCCUGGCCGACUGCACGUUCCUCGAGGGCGACGACCCCUGCUAUAACAACUGGAAGAACAGGCCUGGAGACUUCAAGGGUGCCUACACCACCAACGGUAUCGCCUUUGGUUACCUGCACCACUCGUCCGUAGCUGAGAAGAACGACGAUCACGAUCUCUUCCUCGGUGGUGUUCCCGCCUAUUUCAACGGCUACUACCCCGGCUACUCCAUGUAUGCUACCGAUGGCGGCAAUAAGUGGACAUGGCUCACACUCAAGGCGCACUCUCGCAACAACGCCGGCGCCGUCACCCUGAAGAGCAGGAACCCCCGCGACACACCCCAGAUCGACUUCAACUACUUUGCGCGCGGUGGCGAGCAGGACCUGCAGAGCAUAGUCGAGGGCAUGAAGUUUGGCAUCAAGGCUUUUGAAAGCCUCAUCCCUCUUGACGGCGACUUUGAGCGCGUCUGGCCCCCCAAGAACAUCUCCACCGACGACGAGCUUAGGGAGUUCGCCAAGAACGAGGCCUGGGGCCACCACGCGUCCUGCACCUCGCCCAUUGGCGCGGACGACGAUCCGAACGCUGUGCUGGACUCCAAGUUCCGUGUCCGUGGCGUGGACGGUCUCCGUGUUGUCGACGCCUCUGUCUUCCCCAAGAUCCCCGGCUUCUAUGUGGCGCUGCCCACCUAUACCAUCAGCGAGAAGGCCGCCGAUGUCAUCAUUGAGGCUGCCAGGAACUAA